AUGGGUUCUCAAGAGCCGGUCGGGACACACCUGACCUUUCACCAUGACGGGAAACUGCUCACCCUCAAGACGGAGCUGGUCUCAAUACGCCCUUUCGCAGCCCUGGAAGAGCAGAACCGUGCCAUUUUCAAGGACGCCAGCGACGAUGACUAUGUCAUCGUAACCAAAGAGACCAUAUUCCAUCCGCAGGGCGGUGGCCAGCCAUCAGACGAGGGCACAAUCUCAACAGCCCCUUCAACAGACGCCCAGACUCAGUCGCCCAUUGCCAUCAACAUCAGGGCAGCACGCAUGGACGUUGUCAAUGACGGCGUGGUGCUACAUCUCGGUCGCUUUGAAGAUCCCUCAAUGGCAGAAAGGUUUCAGGCGGGAGAUCUGGUUGAACAGAAGAUUGACGCCGAGAAGCGCCUCCUCUAUUCACGACUGCACACUGCGGGCCAUGUUCUUGGCUCAGCCGUGAGGCAUCUUUUGGAAAAGGAAAUCGACGGCUUCGACGAGCUCAAGGCAUCCCACUUUCCAGACAGCGCGGCAUGCGAGUUCCGCGGACUGAUUGAGGGCAAGUGGAAGCAGCCGAUCCAGGACCGCGUCGACGAGUACAUCCGCCGCUCAAUGCCGGUAGAAAUCGACUUUUGGACAGAAGACGACUUCCGACGCGAGGGACUGGAGCGCUUGAUUCCGGACAAGAGCCUGUUGCCGCCUGGAGAGACCAAGUUCCGCGUCGUGCGGAUUGUGGGAGCGGAGGUUUAUCCCUGCGGAGGGACGCAUGUUGACACGACGGAUCUGUGCGGCGCGACGACGGUGAAGAAGAUUGGGAGGAGCAAAGGCAUUAGCCGGGUCAGUUACACGGUGGCUUGA